AAGCCAUCAUGGGAGAUGAAGAUUGGGAAGCAGAAAUCAUUAAACCUCAUGUGUCUUCUUAUGAUGCUGCAUUUGAGAAGGAUAUGUAUUCUUCUGGAGCAAAUGGAGACACUUUUAACAGGACUUCAGCUUCAUCAUCAGAAAUGGAUAAUGGACCAUCUCAAAGAGAUCAUUUCAUGAGAAGUGGAUUUACCUCUCAGAGGAGUUUGAGAAACAGAGAUGCUGGUUUUUCAAAUAGCAAGUUUGAAGAUGGUGAUAGCUCUGGUUUCUGGAAAGAACCGAAUAAUGACUGUGAGGAUAAUCAAACAUGGAACAGAGGGUUUUCCAAGAGAGGCGGCUAUCAAGAUGGAAAUAAUCCAGAAGCAUCAGGGCCAUCCAGAAGAGGUGGAAGAGAUAGUUUCCGAGGUUGCCGUGGAGGAUUUGGUCUAGGAAGUUCAAGUAAUGAGCCACACCAAGAUGAGGGUUCACAGCGUACUAGUGGCCCUUUUGGUUCUAGAAGAUCAGCAUUAAGAGGCACAGGUAACGGCGACACUUCUCAAAGCAGAAGUGGAGGUGGACGAGGUGGCUACAAAGGUUUAAAUGAGGAAGUAAUAACAGGCUCUGCAAAGAAUUCUUGGAAGUCAGAAGCAGAAGGAGAACGUGGUGACACUCAAGGACCAAAAGUGACCUACAUUCCCCCUCCUCCACCUGAGGAUGAGGACUCCAUCUUUGCACAUUAUCAGACAGGCAUAAACUUUGACAAAUAUGAUACUAUUCUUGUAGAAGUGUCUGGACAGGAUCCACCACCGGCAAUUCUGACUUUUGAAGAAGCUAAUCUCUGUCAGACACUGAAUAAAAACAUUGCUAAAGCUGGUUAUACUAAACUUACUCCUGUGCAAAAAUACAGUAUUCCUAUUAUACUAGCAGGACGAGAUUUGAUGGCUUGUGCUCAAACAGGGUCUGGGAAGACUGCGGCUUUUCUUUUGCCAAUUUUGGCUCAUAUGAUGCGUGAUGGAAUAACUGCUAGUCGUUUUAAAGAGCUACAAGAACCAGAGUGUAUUAUUGUAGCACCAACUCGAGAAUUGAUCAACCAGAUUUAUUUGGAAGCCAGAAAGUUUUCUUUUGGGACUUGUGUAAGAGCUGUUGUUUUAUAUGGGGGAACCCAGCUGGGAUAUUCAAUUCGACAAAUAGUACAAGGAUGUAAUAUAUUAUGUGCUACUCCUGGAAGACUGAUGGAUAUCAUAGGUAAAGAAAAGAUUGGUCUCUCAAAAGUCAAAUAUUUAGUUUUGGAUGAAGCUGAUCGAAUGUUGGAUAUGGGUUUUGGACCAGAAAUGAAGAAGUUAAUUUAUUGCCCAGGAAUGCCAUCAAAGGAACAGCGUCAAACCCUUAUGUUUAGCGCGACUUUCCCAGAAGAAAUUCAAAGGUUGGCUGCAGAGUUUUUAAAGUUGAAUUAUUUGUUUGUUGCUGUUGGACAAGUGGGUGGAGCAUGUAGAGAUGUUCAACAGACUGUUGUCCAAGUUGGCCAAUAUUCAAAAAGAGAAAAACUUGUUGACAUUCUACGAAACACAGGUGAUGAAAGAACUAUGGUCUUUGUUGAAACUAAGAAAAAAGCAGAUUUUAUUGCAACUUUUCUUUGUCAAGAAAAAAUUUCAACUACAAGUAUUCAUGGUGAUCGAGAACAGAAAGAACGAGAACAAGCUCUUGGAGAUUUUCGCUGUGGAAAGUGUCCAGUUCUUGUUGCUACUUCAGUAGCUGCCAGAGGACUGGAUAUUGAAAAUGUUCAACAUGUUAUCAAUUUUGAUCUUCCUUCUGCUAUCGAUGAAUAUGUUCAUCGAAUUGGGCGUACUGGUCGUUGUGGGAAUACUGGCAGUGCUAUUUCCUUUUUUGAUCCUGAAUCAGAUAACCAUUUAGCACAGCCUCUAGUGAAAGUACUGUCAGAUGCUCAACAGGAUGUUCCUGCAUGGUUGGAAGAAAUUGCCUUUAGUACAUGUGCUCCUGGCUUCAGUGGUAGUACAAGAGGAAAUGUUUUUGCCUCAGUUGACACUAGGAAGGGCAAGAGCACUUUGAACACGGUUGGGUUUUCUUCACAAGCUCCCAAUCCAGUAGAUGAUGAAUCGUGGGAUUAAAGCUUAAACAUUUUUCAAGUCUGUGGUAGUUUUGAGGCAGAGAAGAAAAUAGUUUUGAUUUUUGUGUUUUUAACAGAAGUAUGAAACUGACAUUCUCAUAGCUCCUAUCCUGCUGUUAUCACUUCCACCCUUUAAAAAAAUCCUUACUGAUUAGUUAUGCUAAAUGCUAAAAGUUACAAUAUUGCAGCUACUAAUAAAAAUGAUGUUAACUGGAAAUAUUAAAGCAUUCUACAUGUC